AUGAGCGAGCCCCGGGAGAAGAAGGCGCCCGCGGCUUCGCCCCCCGGCGGCACUGGCAAGGGCCCCGCCGUCGUCUCGCUGCUCUUCUCGCUCCUCUCGGUGGGCGCCUGCUUCCUGCUCAACGCCAAGACCUCUCGGCUCGAGGGCCGGCUGGUGGCCCUCGAGGAGGAGUUGGCCGCCGGCCGCGCGUGGAGCCCCGGCGAGCAGCUCGGCGCCGAGCCCCUGCUCGCUCUGCUGCAGCCUCAGGUGGACGGGCUCCUGCAGGAGGUGAGUGGGCAGGGAGGCGGACGGGCUGCUGACGCCUGCGACGCCUAGGACUCUGGAGGCGGGCGGUGCUGCGGCAGCUCUCUCCGUCUCCAGCUUCUCCAGCAACUCGCGGUGAUUGACAGGGAUCCACCGUGGCGUAUGCCAAGAGCUCUGAGCCGCGUGAAGAGUGCCUUCCAAGGCUGACCAAGCCUGGGAGCUUCACGAACGGGUCGUGGCCAGAGCUUUCGAUCGGAUGA